CCUUUAUAUAUGUCUAUGGUUCCUACUCACGAGCGCGGUCCUCGUGCUGACACUUUCCGUCGGAACUCUACCGGAACGACAUUUUAAAAAAAAAACAAUGGCCGACAAGUUAGAGGAAGUCAAGACGUCCAACGGGGAGGACCCCUUAGCCAACGGACCGUCCCACGCCAGCCGCAGCAACCCGGAGCCUCUUUCCCGCCGCGUGAAGCGAAUAGUGGCCGCCAAUUUACUGGUCAUUCUCACCGUCGUCGGCGUUAUCAUCGGCGUCUUCAUCGGGCUCGGCGUGCGUAACGUGGCGCUGACCCGCACCCAGGUCAUCUACAUCGGCUUCCCCGGCGAGCUGCUCAUCCGCCUGCUGAAGAUGAUCAUCAUCCCCCUGGUGGUGUGCAGUUUAGUGUCCGGAGCGGCCAGCAUAGACCCAAAAGCCCUGGGGAAGUUAGGCGGAUGGGCAAUGCUCUUCUUCCUGGUCACCACGCUCAUAGCCUCGACCAUCGGGGUGGUGAUGGCCUUCAUCAUCAACCCGGGCUCGGUGGCCAUGACCAAGCCCACACUGGCCGACGUGGACGACAGCGUGCCUGAGUCCAAAGAGGUCAUAGACUCCUUUUUAGAUUUGAUCAGAAACAUCUUCCCUUCCAACCUGGUGUCUGCUGCCUUCCAGUCAUACGCAACCAGCUACAAGCUAGUGAAAACCAAUGGCACAAAUGGCCUCCCCAACAUCACAGUGGAGAAGGUUCCCUUUGGAACAGACCAGGACGGCAUGAAUAUUCUGGGCCUGGUGGUGUUUGCCAUCGUGUUUGGCGUGGCAUUGAGGAAGUUGGGGGAGGAAGGCGAGAUCUUGAUUAAGUUUUUCAACUCCUUCAACGAAGCCACCAUGGUGCUGGUCUCCUGGAUCAUGUGGUAUGCCCCUGUAGGUAUCAUGUUCCUUGUUGCUGGCAAGAUUGUGGAGAUGGACGAAGUCGAUAAGCUGUUUGCCAGCUUGGGGAAAUACAUUGCUUGCUGCAUUGUCGGACACCUCAUCCACGGCGGCAUCGUAUUGCCCGCCAUCUACUUGAUCUUCACGAGGAAGAAUCCAUACAAGUUCUUGUGGGGGAUAUUCACAGCUCUGGCCACAGCUUUUGGAACGGCCUCCAGCUCCGCCACGCUGCCGCUGAUGAUGAAGUGCGUGGAGGAAAACAACGGCGUCUCCAAGCAAAUCAGCCGCUUCAUCCUCCCAAUCGGCGCCACAGUCAACAUGGACGGCGCCGCGCUCUUUCAGUGCGUGGCGGCUGUUUUCAUUGCUCAGCUAAACGGCGUCUCCCUCAACUUCAUCCAAGUCAUUACCAUCCUCGUGACGGCAACGGCGUCAAGUGUUGGAGCUGCUGGCAUCCCCGCUGGUGGGGUGUUAACCCUCGCUAUCAUCCUAGAAGCUAUCGGGUUGCCCACCAAUGAUCUCUCCCUUAUCCUGGCUGUCGAUUGGCUUGUCGACCGCACAUGCACGGUGCUCAACGUGGAGGGCGACGCCUUCGGAGCCGGCCUCCUGCAGUGCUUCGUAGACCGCACGUCCAAACCGGAAGAAGCGGAGCUGACGGACCUCAAAAAGGACGCCGCCGAUAACCCUGAGCACUCGCCGCUUAUGAAGAAGGCAGGCGGCCCGGGUUACGAAGCGAGCAACAACACUACUGAGUCGCACGGGGAUAAAGAUUCUGUCAUGUAGAAGGUACAAAAAGCUGCUAGACCCGGUUCUGUUAAAACACUCCCGCGGAAGCUGAACGCGGACAGUGCGGACCUUUUUGUCAGCCGUUGUGGCACGAGGAUGAUGGAUACUUUUCAAAACCGUUGUAAGCAGCAACGCUGUCAGAACAGUAAUGACGUGGAGGACUAACGAGGUAAUUUAUUGGCGAUUGAAGACAGGUAAGCCACAAAGAUGGAUGAGCAUCAGGACAGUUUGCCAAGGUUUUCAUCAUCUUCAUCCCAUAACGUCAUCUAAAUGGUUCAUUUAAUGUACAUUGUGUGUUGUGGCGGGUACCUAACUGCUCCUUCUUAUGGUUUCUUCUCAAACGGGAGUUUUAGGUACACUACCGUUCAAAAGUUUGGGGUCACAUUAAAAUGUCCUUAUUUUUGAAGGAAAAGCACUGUACUUUUCAAUGAAGAUAACUUUAAACUAGUCUUAACUUUAAAGAAAUACACUCUAUACAUUGCUAAUGUGGUAAAUGACUAUUCUAGCUGCAAAUGUCUGGUUUUUGGUGCAAUAUCUACAUAGGUGUAUAGAGGCCCAUUUCCAGCAACUAUCACUCCAGUGUUCUAAUGGUACAAUGUGUUUGCUCAUUGGCUCAGAAGGCUGAUUGAUGAUUAGAAAACCCUUGUGCAAUCAUGUUCACACAUCUGAAAACAGUUUUGCUCGUGACAGAAGCUACAAAACUGACCUUCCUUUGAGCAGAUUGAGUUUCUGGAGCAUCACAUUUGUGGGGUCAAUUAAACGCUCAAAAUGGCCAGAAAAAGAGAACUUUCAUCUGAAACUCAACAGUCUAUUCUUGUACUUAGAAAUGAAGGCUAUUCCACAAAAUUGUUUGGGUGACCCCAAACUUUUGAACGGUAGUGUAUAUAAAAACCAAACAUAACAUUUAUAUUCUUACACCAAAUGCAAUACUUUGCAAAGUACCUCAGCGCUAUUACUGCAACACCUCAGGCUGUACUCUGACUUGAAGACUAUUCUUUUUCUCCUUCAGACCAAAAAACAAAGAAAAUCCCCAUUGAAAUUUUUAUAUUUAUUUAUAUCUCUAGUCCAUAUUUUUACUCUAGCAUUUUAGCACAUGAGUUAGAAAGCACAAAUUUUUAUCAAGCAAGGGCUCAACUUGGGGAUGUUAGGAUGACAAUCUUUUGGAAAAUCACUCUGGUGCUUUGUGAGAAUAUAGAAACUUUAUUGACCUCAAAGGUUCUAGGGUUUAUAUUUUGCUAAAUCCAAAGAUUUUUGCUUGAAGAUUUCCAAAUAUAUUUUUUUGCUGUUUAGGUUAUGUAAGAAGAUCUUAAUUUAAUCCCAUACAAUAAUUACGGGGACUAACUUUCAACUUGUCUGUUUGGGUCUAUAAGGUGCUUCCACUUGCCUGUCAUUUAUUUUCUCAAUUUUUUUUCUAAUAUCUUAGGAGGGGAGCACUACUUUUCAUCUUGCGUUCUGUUUUAUUGUAGAAAAUCAUAUUAAAGUGGGUUACGAGCCAAAUGACACACCGCAAGCGUUUAAAUACGACAAACUGAGGUCGUUCGUCUGGUCAUUAUCACUGCUGCCAUUAAAUGGGGUUUUCGUUAAGUUGAAUGGUUCCGUUAAAGUUGAAUGUUUAUAUUUGAGGUACUGUCAACAAUUCUCAACAAUACAUUUUUUAUGACUAAUCAAUGCCUCAGCCUUGUUUUUAUUUAAGGAAAUAUGGUUCACUAUCAUAGACUACUUACAGUAGGCUAUAUGAAUGUGUAGUUAUGUGCAUACUCUGCUGUUUAUACAUAUGAUGCAAUGGAACAGGAUACAGUAUAUAGGGUGACAGGUGCAAGGCUGCUUCAUGGAAUUAGGACGCACAUCCCCCUCCCACACCCACACACUUGCCAGACAUGCAGUGGCAUCCAAUAUACUGUACUCCGCAGGUUCUACUGUAGAUGUGCUGCACCACCUAGUGGCAGCUCAGUGUAUGUGCACACAUUCUUCACAAAUGUCC